CUUGUUGUCUGCAUCCGCAAUCGCGGGCUGUGCAGGCGCUUCUGGCACAGAGAUCAGUGAAAGGAGGUCCGAUGAUCGGUGCAACAGCUCUGCUGCGCCUGGCUCUGCUGCAACUGGCAGCCCUGAGCAUAUGCACAAACGCACUGCAAGCAACGCAUUGCAGUAGACGCCGCGGCGUGCGACGAAAAGCCGGCGAGGACGACAGCGUGCCGCGGCCGGAUCCAAUCUACUCGGACGAAGCUGUCGUCGCGCUCUGCAUGAACGCCCUGGGUCGCAACGACGACCCGGUCCCCGACGCGGGCCUGCGGACGUGCUGGAACUUCUCGCGCCGACCAGUGCAUGAAUCAAAUUGUCGUGGCGCGUCUCGUGGUGGCGGCACCCGACCCACUGUUUGAUUUGCCCACAGGAGCGACAUGUGUCGCGCGGCCGUCGGCGGCUCGCUGGCGGAUUUUUUGAAGUAUGCGAGGAAUCCAACGUUCGCGCAACUGGUGGACCACGAGUCGUGGAGCGGCAAGCUCGGCAACCGCAUCCCCGCGACGCAGACGCGCGGCGCGCUCACUACCAAUAUGGUGACGGUGCAGACGAAUCGCGGCCAGGAACGCAAGUUCCUAUGGACGCUGCAGCAACAACGACGGCCGCCGGACCAGGGCUGCUGGCUCGUGCACGAGUGUCUGUACGUGGAGAACGCGAUCGAGCAAACCUUGUAAUGUGUUAAACAACAAU